UAUUGUGCCCAAGGUUUCCACCAGGUUCCUCGGGAAUAAUAAGGGGUUGUGUGCGCAUGGACCACUCAGCACUUGGCAUCUAAUUGCGUGCCUCAACCUUUGCCGUCAAGGAUUGACUACGAGCUCGAGGGUCUACAUCGAGGCCCGCCUCUUCUUUCUGGUGCAACGAUUUGGUUCCGUACUGGAUAUCGCCCAUCUACUUGCGGUGGAAGUUUCCAUCAGCCCUAUCACGUUUCAAAACAGUAACCGCUGCUCUUCCUAACAUCGACGUCAAUGGCUGGCAAGUUUGAGCCUAAGGUUCCUGUGAACCUAGACCCCCCCAAAGACGAUAUCAUUUCGCUGGAAGAACUGGCUAAGGCCGACGGCUCAGCAGGGCAAAAGGCUUAUGUGGCAAUCAAGGGCAAGAUCUAUGACGUUAGUGCGAAUAAGGCCUAUCGAGAAGGCGGCUCGUAUCAUGUCUUCGCGGGAAAGGAUGCUUCCCGCGCGCUGGCCAAAACCUCAACGAAGGCAGAUGAUGUGAGGCCAGAGUGGGAGGAUCUGGGUGAAAAGGAGAAACAAACGCUUAGUGAUUGGGACACAUUCUUCUCAAAGCGGUAUAACGUUAUUGGCAUCCUCCAAGGUGCCAAUAAUCUGGAAUAGCUAGCGGAGGCUGUCGGGGUUGAACCACAAGAGCUCGUCGCAGAGGUCCGGAUUUUGACAACACCUGGUCUAAUGCCACGGCAGCAGAAGCUCUGAGAGUAGCAGAAUAUCAUAUUUCCCUUAUGUCUUAUAGGCAAAUACAUUAACAGCCACCUGCUCGAGAGAUCAAAGCGCCUCUACUUUGCCAUAAAUCCUGGUGAACCCCCUGCUCCUGUAUUUCCACCAACAUUCAUACUUCACAUACUCAAUCUAUAUAGUCCUCUUUCACUUUGGGAUACCAAUUAAGCCUACUGAACGUCUGCUACAGAUACUCUAAAGAUUU